UGACUUGUCACUUGAAAAAGCAGGAAGUGAUCCUCCCACUCAGUUUUGUUUUUACAGAGACUUGAAGUAGUCUGUUGGUGAUCUUAAUGAAGCUUUUCUAAAAACUUAAACUAUAGUAGAAGAAAUCAACAGCAGUGCAGCAGUUUAGUCUUCACACUGGGUGAUAUUUGGAGUUAAAGCUGAAGUCAGUGAGACUGGACUUGAGAAAGAGUCAUGGUUACACCAGGGCACAACGUCAAAACCACAGAGGGUCCUGAUCUGACAAAAGAGAUGGAAAAGGCGAAAACCCUGAAGCAUUUCCCUUCAUAUGGUGCCAUGAAUGGAAACGGACACUCUGGAGACACCUGCCCCACUUGUCGUGGCACCGGGAGAAUUCCAAGAGGUCAGCAAGACCAGCUAGUUGCUGUAAUACCAUGUAACGAUAUAAGGCUGAAACCCAGACGCACGAAGCUCUACGUGUGCGUCUCCAUGGCUGUGUGUCUCUUUCUUUGCUGUCUGAUCCUCUUCUUCCUCUUCCCCCGGAGUGUCACCCUGACGCCUGUGUCUGUGCUGUCAGUCAUGGUCUACUUCACCCCAGAUGCGGUUGAAAUGGAGGUCACGAAUCUCCUCAACAUCACCAACGAGAACUUCGUCCCGGUCCAGAUUGUUGAUUUUAACGUUCAAGGUCUGGUCUCUGAGAUAGUUGUGGGUAAGACCAAGAUAUCGAAUAUGACCGCCCUCCAACCACGCUCACAGAAAUCGUACACCAUUAAAAUCGACCUGCCUAUUACAGAUAAAGGAUUAAACUCUUACUGCAAGUCAACCUCUAUCAAGAUUCACACGUUAUUUCUGGAGCUGCAAAUGACAAUGAAUAUCUCGUAUCUCUCUCACACGGAGCAGCUGUCUCUGGACACCUUUGAGUAUAUUGACUGUGGCACCAAUUCAACGAUCCCACAUCCUGUGAGAUGAUGAAAUCUAAAUGAAAAACAUCAAAGUGGGAUUGUGAAAUAAUGAAUAUUCUGGCAGCACAGCGCCCUCAUCUCUUUUGUAUGGGCUGUGAAUGAUAACUACUGUGGAAAUGCAUUUUAUCUUAUUCUGUAUGUGGUUUUAGCAUACCGUAUAAUCAAUCACUACAUUGUUAUAAUUAAAAACAAUACAGACGCUUCUAAGACACUUUAAAUAUACAUCUUAGUGUGGAUGCUUUCUGCUCUUAUUUGAUCUGCCUGUAAAUCUGUAUUGUAAGCAAAGUGGUCUCAGAAUUGUUUGAAACAAGCACAAUUCCUAAAAUGCUAAGUAUGAGAACUGUGUAUUUACAUUUUAGGACAUGUAUAUUUCAUUAAAAAGGGACUAAUUUCACAGUAUUUUUUGGAAACAGCUUAUUUUUUGUCAGGAUGCCUGAUAUUGUGUAAACAGGAUGUUGAUCUCUGAUGAUCUUGUCUUUUGUAAUUUGCACUUUAUUAAACAUUUAAGGUUCA